AUGAAUAAGUAUGUUAUUUUUAUAUUUAAAUCUCCCGUAACACUAGCUGGUGACCCGAUAAAUGGAUAGUGUUGCAUUAGAAUAACUUAGGAGCUUCCAAAAUGUGUAAUAAACCUAUCAUUUUAUGCUAAGCAAUACUCAAAGUUAAUUUAGAAAAGAAAGGUAUGCUUAAUAAAUGACAAAUUGAGCUUCCAAAUGUAAAUCCCCAUUCGAUACAAGAUAAAUAAGUAGAGAAAAUAGAAAGAGUUUAAGUUUCUAUGGAUUCACCACAAAAAAACCAAAAAUAAAAAAAAUAUGAACUUAAUGGAAAUGUGAUUCAUAAAAUUAUAAGGUAAUAUGGAAUACAAAGAGUCCUGGUGAGUUCUUAAGAGUUGUUUAAAGGAUAAGUAAAUCCAGGAGAUUAUAAAUUUUUCUUUUCGAUUCCAACUAACGAAAAAAUGUAAUCAAGCUUCUUCUACACAAGUUAAGAUGGUAAUAAUUAUAAAAUACGAAAUAAGGAUUAAAAUCUGGAAAAUGCAGCUAUAAAAUUUCACUUCAGAUUCAAAAUCCAGAUGAGAGUCUCAUUAUUCUAAAGGAAAGUGCAGAAGUAUAUAUUAAUGCAAGAGUGUAAUCUAUUAUUGAAAUUCAAAGAUAAAGUGAUGCCAAUAUUAUAUCAUAUUUUUGCUUGAGUGGAGGGAUAGUAGAUUUAACAAUAUAAUUAAAUAAAUCUUCUUUUACACCAGGAGAGCUAGCAAUAAUUUAAUAUCAUCUUGACAAUACAUUUUCUUCAAAACCUGUAACAAGGGUUGAAUUAAGACUGAUAAACAAAUUAGUGUUCAUUGAUGACGAUUAAGUAGACAGAGAAGUUUUGAACUAAGUAGUUUUCUCUAAAAUCCUAUCAGGGGCAAAUGAAAGGGAAAGAAUAGAAGCUUAAAUUGUAAAGUUUGAAAUCCCAAAAACCUUAAAAGCAUCUGUAAAAAAUGAAACGAUAUCGAAUCAAUAUUUUAUGCAAAUAGAGGCUAUCAUCGUAUUUAAUUCAAGUAUAUAAAAUAGGAUCAACUUUUCAUUAGCUUAUCAAAUCCAAUCCUCUGCCAAUUACCAAUCAACAUUUAAGAAUCUCGGUUUUAAUAAGUUGUUAAUCUAGAUGGUUGGAAUUUCGUUCCAAUUUUAAAUGCCAGUGUAAAUGCAUUUUCUAAUCUAACUGUCCAGUAGUCGUUUAUUCCAACAUGA